AUGGAGAACUUUCUGGGUCUUAUCAAACUUCGUAUCAAAAGAGGCACGAAUCUCGUUGCUUGCGACACUCGUACCAGUGACCCCUAUGUUUUUGUCACCAUGGCUGAGCAGCAACUGAAAACUAGUGUUGUGAAAGAUACCUGCAAUCCUGAGUGGAAUGAAGAAUUGACACUUUAUGUAAAAGAUGUUAACAUUCCAAUACUUCUGACAGUUUCAGACAAAGACACUUUCACAGUUGAUGACAACAUGGGCGAUGCAGAAAUUGACUUAAAGCCAUAUCUUCAGUGUGUGAAGAUGGAGUUGAGGGAUCUCCCAGAGGGCCAUGUAGUCAAGAAUAUUCAACCAGAUAGGACUAACUGCCUUGCUGAAGAGAGUAGCUGCAUAUGGAAAAAUGAUAAACUCAUCCAAGAGAUGACUUUGAGAUUGAGAAAUGUCAAGUCUGGGGAAAUAACUGUGGAAAUUGGGUGGGUUACUCUUCCAGAUUCAGAAGGCUUAUCACAAGUUGAGUUUUAG